AUGAUGGGGCGGAGAAGAAGUGGAUGUGGGAGUGGGGUUGAUGUUGACCCAAGGGAUGAUGUUGAGGGAGUGGGAGAUGGUGUUGAGGGAACGGGGGACAAAGCCCGUAUAGGUAAUGCGGGGUGGCUUCCUGCUCUGGGACUCUUUGUAUCUAUUUCAGCUGGGGUCGUAGGGACGGAUUGGGACCUUGAUCUUUUCUGUCGGCUUGUCUAUCCUGCUUCUUUCAGACCGCUUCUCCUUCUUUGUUUUUGUCUCCUCCUCUUGGUGGAGGCAUUUCUUCUACCUCCAUGUCCAUCUCGGCACACUGUUUUUUAUUUUUGUGCCUUUUGGGGGACUUUUGUUGUUUCUGGUGUUUUUGUGUCUCCCCCUGUUUUUUCUCUUUACGUUGCUGCUGCUCCUUUUCUUGCUGCUGUCCUUUCGAGGGCUGAGGCAGCAACUGCUGCUUUGUCGGAUGCUCCUUGGGUGGUGAUUGCUGAUGGACCUCAUUCUGGAACAGGAGGAGAGAAGGAAAUGAAGAAAAAAAAACUGCUUUCUCUUUCCACCCUCUCUCUCUCUCUCUCUCUCUCUCUCUCUCUCUCUCUCUCUCCCCACCUUCCCAAAACAGUCAUGUUUAAAGCAGUCAUUUUAAUAGGAGGACCAAUGAAAGGGACACGUUUCCGGCCACUCUCAUUGGAUCUUCCCAAGCCAUUGUUUCCUGUGGCUGGAUUUCCAAUGAUCUAUCAUCACAUAGAAGCUUGUACCAAGGUGCCAAACUUGAAAGAAAUUAUUCUAAUUGGCUUCUACCAACACAAUGAGCCACUGACAAAAUUUAUUGAAGAAUGUAAGCAAGAAUUUAAAAUCAAAAUUAGGUACCUUUUAGAGUUCACUGCUCUUGGCACAGCCGGAGGACUUUAUCACUUCCGUGACCAAAUCCUUAUGGGUCACCCAGAAUCUUUUUUUGUGAUGAAUGCUGAUGUUUGUGGUGAUUUCCCUCUACUUGAGAUGCUGAAUUUUCAUCGAGGAAAUCCUUCAACUUGCUAUGGAACAAUCCUUGGUACCGAGGCUACAAGUCAACAGUCUUUAAAGUUUGGUUGCAUGGUGGAAAGUAAAGAAACACAUGAGGUCUUACAUUAUGUUGAGAAGCCAGAAACAUUUGUGAGUAACAUUAUCAACUGUGGCAUUUAUUUGUUUAAUCCUGAGAUAUUUCAACCAAUGGAAACUGCCUUUAAGAAGAACUGCUGUGAUAAUUUCAAGCUGAAUGCAAUGGAUAAAGCCCUCGGACUUGAUAGCCACAUUUUGUCAAGAGAAAUGAUCCGUCUAGAACAAGAUGUUUUUGCCCCAUUAGCUGGAACUAACAAGUUGUUUAUUUUCCAUUCUAACAAAUUUUGGAGUCAAAUCAAAUCUGCUGGAGCUGCUGUUUAUGCCAACCGACACUAUUUGGCUAUUUAUCAAAGUAGCCACCCUGAGAGGCUGGCCAUCAGUAAAGAUGGAUACCCAAAGAUUAUUGGUGAUGUUUUUAUCCAUAAAACUGCUGAGGUAGAUGCAUCAUGUGUGAUCGGGCCAAAUGUGACAAUUGGUAAAAAUGUGAAAAUUAAAGCUGGAGUCAGAAUACGAGAGUCAAUUAUUUUAGAAGGAGCAGUGCUUCAAGAUCACUGCUGCAUUCUGUAUAGUAUUGUUGGCUGGAACAGUGUGGUUGGUGCUUGGACGAGAGUUGAGGGUACACCAAAUGACCCCAAUCCUAACAAACCUUUUGCCAAACUAGAAAUUCCUUCUUUAUUCACAAAUGAUGGAAGAUUAAAUCCUUCAAUUACAGUCAUUGGAUCCAAGGUUCAAGUGCCUCCAGAAGUCAUCAUUCUUAAUUCUAUUGUACUGCCUGACAAGGACUUAAAUUCCAGUUACAAGAAUCAGAUUAUCUUGUAG